AUGGAAAGCUCACCAGAGCCAACUCGUCCGUCGAAGCGCGUGAAAUACGAGCAACAUGACGAUGCGAUUCAAAUGAGUAUACCUGGAGCCGAUAUCAGAGCUUCCGAAACCAUCAACGGGUCUUUAGUUGCCGAUGUGCCGUUUUUCGAUAACCCAUGGCCUUCGACGACGGCCUUGUCGUCUCCUUCUCAGGUAUUCUUCAACUUUUCUGAAGACAUUGACACCUCUUGGACCCCUAAUUUUACAGCACCCCAGCCUGCGACGUUGAACCUUCAAGCAGCCACGACGCCUCAACCUGAACUGCAACGUCCUCAGACACAAGAACUGCCUCGACUCUUGCCUGCGGCACCAAGCGCUACUCUGGAGGAAGAUGCAGGAUACGAGGUUGCAAGGCAGGGUGAGGCACCUUUUGUCAGCCCUUUCAACUCAGAGGAACGGUUGACUGUGUCCGUCCUCCCUCGUUUCGCUCGGCCUCAUAAUGGACAGGUGAAUGGUUAUGUCAAGUUCAACUGGCCUACGAAACAGGACUCGAGCCAACUGCCUGAUCCUACUUCUUCGCAAUCAGACGAUGAUGUUGUGGAUAUAACGCCACAUAUAUCGCGAUCGCGUCCUGACACUCACAACUCUGGCAUGGUAUACUUGGAUAUGUCUGCGCCCACGAUGUCCCGAGGGCAAAGCAGGAGGUCGUCGUCCGUGACCAUUGAGUUGGUGUUGGGAGGCGGCACUCCAUCGCAGGCAUUGAUGGUGAAUUCGUCACCUUCACCUCAAGAAGCGUUUGCACGAGCUCCACGAAAGGUUCCCAAGAAGUUCGGCCAUGAAGCCGCCAUGGCCGACAUGGACUAUAUUGACAGGCGAUUAUUCGACUUUUACAUCAACAACUGGUGCCCAGGAAGGAGCGUUCUCCAAAACACGAAUCUUUGGCUCAAAGAUUUGGCUCCAAUGGGUCAAAACAAAGGCAUAUUGCAUGCUAUUCAAAGCCUUGCUGGAGUUUAUAUCUAUGAUUAUUUGCCAGAUGAGCGUAUUCGAAAACGAAUUAAUGAACGGUAUGCCAUGGCGAAUGAAUAUUUUGUUGAACUUCUCAACGCGCCUGAAAGCACAACGCGUGGACAGGGGCGAGAGGUUAUCACCAUGGCCGUGCUUCUUUCUAUGCAAGAUGUCAUCCUUACCGAACGACGUCUAAAAAAGCCUGAGAAGCCCCGAUGGCUGGAAGGUUUUAAGCAGGGCGAAUAUUUCCUUCAACAAACGGAUCCUGGUCGUCGAUUUUGGAAUGAAAGUCACAGCACUGUGCAAUACGAUCCCCUUCGAAUAUCUCAAUCAAUAAUCGUUGGUCGGGCAGUAAUCCUUGCUCAACCGAUGAUGGCACUCCCUGACCCCGUAACAAUGAAUCCCGAGAUCGAAUCCAACAGGUUUAACUGGCUUCUUUAUGGCGCGGAAAAUGAUCUGUUCGAGAUUCAUGGUGGCUGCGGAUUUUCGAAGAAGCUGUUGCACACCAUGAGCCAGGUCACAUACUGCGCAGCGCGUUUGCAGCAGGAACCUACGAGCACCAUCGUCCCCAUUACGGCAAGAUUCUUGAUGCGGACGUUGACUGACAUGCGCCAAUGGAGCCGUGAGGGGAAGUCUUGGGAACAGUGUCAACAGCGUGCCCAGACGAUAACCUGGGUGCGUAUCAUCCCGGAUGAUGUUAUAGUAUCAUCAAAGGAGGAUAUGACGGACGUUACAGCCGAAGCAUGGAGAAUUGCGGCGAUAAUUUAUUAUCAAUGUCGUCUUUUAAGACUACCACGAAAUCACCCGGAAGUUCUUUCCAAUCUAGACGAUCUCGCCAAGUGCAUUCGCAUUAUGCCAACAUCAGGGACACAUUUCACAGCUCAGGCGCCUUUACUGCCAGUCUUCUUCUUAGGAUUGCUUGCUACUAAUCCUGCGCAUAAGGAGGUAUCAAGAGGCUGGUUCCAACAAGUCACAAACACGCCAGUUCGAAGUAGUGUCCCCCCAUUAUACAACGCGCUCAAAAGAAUCUGGGACUGGAUCGACAGCGAUGUAAACCUCCAAUUCGACCCAACUCCUAUUCCUGAAUCUCUCGGCCAGAGAUAUCCUUGGUGGGAACACCUCGUCAAGAGGGUACUCGAAGAAGAAGACGAAACUCUGUGCCCGACCUGA